AUGCCACAGCAGCCGAUCCGGAUCGAAGGCCUGUCCGCCGGCAACGUCCAAGUCAACAUCGAAUUACUCGUCGACAAUCUUGUCUCGAUUAAAGAUGAGACGGGUCAAUUCCUGCUUCGUCUUCCCGAUGGCAGAGUCAUCGAUACCAAAGGCUGGAACGACUGGGAAUGGACGCACGGCAUCGGUCUAUAUGGCCUCUGGCAAUACCAUACCCUGACCAACUCCCCGAAAGCUCUUCAAAUUAUCAACGACUGGUACACCGCCCAGCUCGCAACCGGAACAACAAAAAACAUCAACACAAUGUCAGUCAUGCUCACUCUGGCUUGUCUGUACGAGAAAACACAAGACCAAACAUACCUCCCGUGGCUCGACUCCUGGGCCGAAUGGGCAAUGUACGACCUUCCACGGACCCGCUUUGGCGGUAUGCAACAUAUCACGUAUCUCGAUGCCAACAAGCAGGAACUAUGGGACGACACGUUGAUGAUGACCGUUCUGCCUUUGGCGAAGAUCGGAAAGGUACUCAAUCGGCCGCAAUACAUCGAGGAGGCGAAAUUCCAAUUCUUGUUGCACAUCAGAUACCUCUGUGAUCCUUCCACGGGACUGUUCUUUCACGGCUGGAAAUUUGAUUCGUCCGCUGCAGGUGGUGUCGGGCAUCACUUCGCCAAAGCAAGGUGGGCGAGAGGCAAUGCGUGGUUAACGAUUGCGAUACCGGAAUUCAUUGAAUUGCUGGAUCUGGCUCCCGGCGAUGCGUUGAGAGAACAUCUACUGGCAACCUUGGUCUCUCAAUGUGAAGCGUUACGAGCGCUACAAGAUCGAUCUGGCUGUUGGAGGACACUACUGGAUGUGAGCGAGAUCGAGGGGAGUUAUGUUGAAGCUUCCGCAACGGCUGGCAUUGCAUAUGGUAUGUUGAAAGCGGCCAGGAAGAGGUACAUCAGCAAAGAAUUCAAAGCAGUCGCUUGGGCGGCCGUGCAUGCGGUUUUCCAGAGGAUUGAUGUUGAUGGAGAGCUGAAGGACGUCAGCUUUGGCACCGCCAUGGGACACGAUUUGCAGCACUACAAGGACAUCCCGGUGACAAGUAUGCCGUAUGGGCAGGCGAUGGCUAUGAUGAUGCUGGUCGAGGUGAUGAGGAAGUUCCACUAA